UUUUUUUUUUUAUAAAUCUUGCCUUGGGAUUUUUUUUUUUUUUUUGCCCUCAAAAUUUUAAGGAUUUUUAGGAAUUGUGGAGAAAAACCUAAUUUUUUAAAUAAUUUUUUGCUGGUUUUCAAGCACAAGAAGGAGAUGAAGAUGGAGUCAAAUCGCAUCACUGGGUUGACGUUACUCUUAAUAGUUUUACAACAGGUAAUGGCAGUUGAAGCUAUUUUUCUGGGUUCCUGGUGGUCUUUAGGUUUUUGUUUGAGUGAUGGGAACCCAUGUGCCAGGGAGAUCUGAUUAGAGGUCUUGUGUAUUUUUCUUCAAGGUGUCUAGCUCUGGGGUCUUCCAAUUGGAGCUUCAUGAAUUUAUCAAUGCCAAGGGGAUGUUGGCAAAUGGAGGGUCGUGUUUACCCAACUGCAAGACCCUCUUCAAGAUUUGCUUAAAACAUUACCAGACGGUGGUCUCUCCAGGAUCCUGCACAUUCGGCAGCGUGGUCACCCCGGUUCUUGGAUUCAACUCAUUCACCAUUAGGGAAACCGAAGGCUUUACCAACCCUAUUAGGCUACCCUUCAACUUCACGUGGCCGGUGAGACCCUAUACUUUGCUUUGCUAGCAUUCAAGAACAUAGUUAAGAACAUUUUCAGAUACCCUAAAUGUAAUUUAAAUUUAACUGAAAAUGCAUGUGUCAAUAUACAUUUUUAAUUUAGUAAAUGCAGAAUUAAGUGCCAACUUAAUGACCACUUAUGGCUCUUGCAAUGGACAAAUUGUGUAAUGUAACACUGCCUAAACUUGCAUGUUUAAAGAGUUAAUGAAUGUGCUUGUUGCUUGUCUGGCCAAGGAUAUUCCAUGAAUUAAUAACCAGCACAAAAUAUUUAUGUUUGUAAAGUAAACCACCCAUGUAUGUGUACAAAUGUGGCAGAUGUUAACAACUUCAGUUGGGUUCAAAGUCUUUAUUACUAAAAGACUCCAUGGUGGCAUAGUCUGCCCCCACCCUUGCUGCUCUACAUAACCCUAAAUAUGCUCGGUUUAAUUGAGCUUCAGACAGUAAUGCUAUAUGCAAUUAGAUUAAUUAAAAUGCACAGGCAGACGUGCUCAUGCUAGUAAUUUGAGGCUGGUUUACCAUUUUGUCUUUCUUUGUCUUCUUAUUCAACGUGAAGACAUCAGUAUUGAUGUUUUGAAAUGUUAGAUUUUAAAGUAUUUUUCAUAUGCUUUCUAUUUCAGAAAACUUUUUCACUGAUUAUUGAAGCUGUUCAUUCUCCUGCAGGUAAAUAUAUUUAUUUUACAAACACUAGGUGGCGACAUCAUUCCACUAACCAGACUUUAAAAGACUGCAUAAAUUUAUUUCCAACACACAAACAAUUUAAAUAUGUUGUCUUGGCAUUAAAAUAAUGUUUACAAAGAGAAUAAACUUUAAUCUACAUUCAAAAGCCAUUCCUUUUCAAGAUAGACAUCAGUUUCUACUUUGAUAUAUACAUUUUUUUUUAUGUCCCUCCAUACCUAAUCUCCAACACAAUUGCGUUUCCUCCAGUUUAUUUUUGGCGUGGGAAAGAAGUCCACUCUUUGGUGAGAAAACCAGAAGUCUGCCAAAUCGUCCUGACUGCCUUUUCCUGUAUUUUACACCUUUCUCAAAUUCCGCCCUUUGGAAAAGAAAUAAUGGCUUUUGGAUGUUUUGCUGACAUAAAGGAAGAGAAUAUUUCAACAAAACAAUUCUCACGUUGAAAAUUUUUCUGGAGGGUGCAGAUUUUGAUGCACCCCUAACCCUCAAUCCUUGAUGUCGCCAUUAAUUCUGCUAAUAUAUAUUACUGAAGACUAAACAUUUUUUAUAUUUUUUUAAUACAUAUAUAAAAAAUAUAUUUUUAUUUUAUAUAUGUAUUUUAUUUAUUUUUUAUUUUUGAAUUAAGUCAUAUUUACCUUAUUAUUCCUUGACUGAUAAGUGCCCAAUGAAAAUUGCUUGUUUGCAAACAGUUCCAAAUGUCUUGUGAAUUAUAUCUUUGGGGAUUCCAAAGUUUCCCAACUUUAUAAUUCAGUGGUUUUGCUUAAAUGUAAAAGAUUUUAUGUGUGGGAGGGGAACCCCAAAAAUUUAUUCUCACAUCAUAUAUUUCACAUAAAAAUAUUCCUAUGCAUUUUAAGUGGUUUAAUUUCCAGUAAGGCUACCCACAUCAAAUAGCCAUGCCAAUAGCCUCAGACUUGUCUCAAGAUUAGUAUUGCAAAAUCACAGUAGAAGAUGCCGGUUUAGAGAAUUUCCAAGGCAGGGUAAUGCAGGACAAGAAAAAACAAACUUCCUUUAAAUCCAAAGUUGUGUUUGUUAAACAGUUCUGCAAGUCAUGUUCCACUACAAAUGUUUUCAUUUCCUUGUUUUUUUUGUUUUUUUUUCCCUUCUUUUCUGUUGUUGUUUUGUCUUUAAGUGGUUAGAGGUUCCAAUCUCGAAGAACGACUGAUAAGCCAGUUUGCAAUUCAAAAGCCACUUAAUGUAAGUUCAGAAUGGACCAGAGAUGUUCAAAUAGACAAACAGAUCCAACUGAAAUAUUCUUACCGAGUGGUCUGCAGUGAACACUACUAUGGGGAAAGUUGUUCAAGACUAUGCAAACCUCGAGAUGAUCGGUUUGGACAUUAUAUCUGUGAGGCUGAUGGCAGCAUAUCCUGUCUGAAAGGAUGGAAAGGGGAAUAUUGCUCAGAACGUAAGAUUUAUAUAGAUAUAUUUAUAUAUAUAUAUAUCUCAUUUGGUUUUUGUUUUGUUUUGUUUUUUAAAUAACAAAGCCAAUAUGUGUACUGAAAUGUAGCAUACCUCAUUCGCAGAUUACUUUGUUCAGAGAUAUGAAAUAUGUUGGUGAUAUGUAAUCAAGACCAAAACAAUUAUAUAUUGUUAAUUCAAGAAUAUUGGGUGACUUUUUUGUCUAAACAAGAACUCUGAUGCUAGUUGAUUCUGGGCUGCAUUAAUGCCACUCAAGUUUAUCCACAUUUCUAUUUAGGGUUACAAAAUGCAUGUACUUUUACUGUGAUCAAAAUAGCAUUUUGCCAAAUCAAUCUAUUUUUUUUGCACGUUCUAACAUGAAAGACCAUGUUGGUAAUAGUGCUGCCGUUAUUUAUUUUACUUAAGUCCAAUUUAAUACACACAAUUUAGCUUCCUUUAUGCCCCAGAACACCUGCCACUUGAGAGCAUUAUUAAUCCCUAGAUACAUCUUCAAUCUGUGUCUCAUUCAGCUGUUCAUUAACAAAAAAAAAAAAAGGGGGUUAUGUGGUUUAUGUAGAAAUGGAAUAGUUUGUGUGAUCACACGUACAGCUUAGGGCUCUCCUUUUGUGAGCCGAAAAAGAAAGCGUCUUAAUUAAUCAAAUGAGCUACUACAUAUCUCACACAGCGCAAGAUACACAGACUUACUAUAAAUGCAAGCUAUCCCCUAUCAGCUUUUACGUCAAACCCCCUUUGGCACUAACAAUGUUACCAUAACAGAUUUAAGGUGCUAAUUUAUGAGAUGGCAAGCUACUAUAGUGUACGAGAGAACUAUUGUUCAUAAUUCAAUAGAAUUAUAUUAUGUAUUUACUUACGAGUUCGUAUAUAUUCACGGCCAACAUACAAAAGCGAACAAUGACAAAACAAUGAGAUCCUGUUUCGAACGAUUACAAUCUAAUCGUGUGUCUAAGGCAAAGGAAAUGGCUUGGCCAAACGAUAACCUGGAGACAGGCUGGUAUGCUGUUCAUGUAUAGUGUAGGAGAAACAGAGCACUGUGUUUUGUAAUCGUAUAUUGUCCAAUAUCAUGAUGUCUAGUCCUUUAUAACCAGUAUGCAUUUCAAUGGGGGUUGACAUAAUUCACACAAAAGCUGAGAUAAUAUGUUCAGCAUAUACUGCUAUUUCAUGUGUGUACUGGCAGAUAAAGGGUUAAUAAAUAAAUAGCGGACUCCGGUCAUUUUUACAUUUUGACUAUUUUUAACUUAAAUUUAAAAUUCUCACUUUAGUACAUAGCCCUAAUGAGUCAAACGUCACGAUCCACCUGACGUUAUGUAAAUAUAGAUUCUUAGGGAAUCAUUCAUUGAGCACAACAUUGCAGUGAAUUUUAAACCAGAUUGCUAAAUUUAUGCCCAAAAUAGGUCAUUUACUACAGUCAUAUUUGGAUAUUUAGCCAAAAUUUUGAAACUGGGUUUUCAAUUCAUUAAAAUUCAGAGUUUAGUAAAUAUUCCUUUCAAUGUAAUACUCUAUGACGUAUAAGGUAUGAUACCCUACCCUUUCGCCAUCUCUAAUAAAUUCAUGUUUGGCAUCUAGUAGGUAUUUGGCUCUUGACUUGUACUUGACUAAUGGCACACCCUGUAUUUUUAUUAUACCAUUCAAUAUAUAAAAACGGAAAUACCAUGUGUUCACAUGGUGGGAAAACAUGAAUGGUAGGCUGGAUCAGAUAAGCCACAUAUUGUUUGUUUGCUAGUUUGCUCAUUCUCAGGGUUAUCCACUAAAAUGCGAAUUGGUGGGAAUUGAGAGUGAGUUCAAGGAGAAAUUACAUUUUUAGGCCAAAUAGUCAAAUUAGAAACAUAGCUGUACUGAAUUUGAGUUUUUUUUAAUAAAAUGAUAUAAUGAGUGGUUAUUGUAUUAUUUCGUGGUUUAUUUUACCUCCUAUUGGUAUGCAAUCCUUUUUGAUUAUGUGAUUGCUAUGUAGCUCUGCUGGAAAUACUGUUCAUUAUCAGUCUAGCAACAUGGGGUUAACUCCUUAAGGACACAUGACAUGUGUGACAUGUCAUGAUUCCCUUUUAUUCUAGAAGUUUGGUCCUUAAGGGGUUAAAAGAAGGCUUUCAAAAUAGCAACUGUUCUGGUUGAUUGGCAAUGGGAUUACCUGUAAAAUGCCUUUAUUCUUAAACAAAUGGAGAAGAGUUAUCAAAGUGUCAAGUUUUCAAAAAUGCUGAAAGUGGGGCAGUCACCAUGAAAACCAGAAGAACCAGAGUCCACCGCUCUUGCAUCUUUGCAUAACUUUCCAGAACAUGACACUUUGAUAAGUCUCCUCCAAUGUGUCUGCAUCACUUUCCCUAAAAUAAAAAUGUACUUUUAUCAAAUUCAUGAUAGAACAGAAACUAAAUGUUUCUGCACAUUUUUUCCUUCUAAUAAAAGUACUAUACAACUGAGCUUUAAUUUACCCUAGCACACGCUGUGUCCGUAAAAAUGGCUUAUAUAAAGAAUACUUGGCUGCCCUCUGGAAAGUGCAUGCAACUCAUGUCUUCAUAUUUGCAUGCCAGGGGGGCUAGUGGCAAGCAAACAUUUUAUAUACAACUGCUUAGAACUCUGCAUGAAACCCCACUUAAGCUUCUUAAAUAAAUAUGCAUCAUAGGGUUGCGUUCGGUAUUCACCAUUUUUUCCUGAACAAAAAUCUCUUCUUCAUGCAGUUGGUCAGUGCAUGAAAAGUGUUGCCUUGGUGCAAAUAGAAUGUAUAUUGCAGAUGGGGAACAAUUGUUUCACUAAUUAAAGCACUUGUUCUGGGAUUGUUUUCCUUCCUGACCUAUAUAAUAAUUCUAUAUAUGCAUGUAAUAGAUAUAUGUGAAUAUAUAUUUAUAUACAGCAGGGCUGUACUAGACAACAGCAUGCAGGGGAGGAUAGGGACCUGACAAUACUAAUUGCAGCUAAGCCCAGCAGUUCUCUCUCUCUCUUUUUUUCUGUUUUCAAUGGGAAACCUGGUCAUCUUGAAUAUAACACCUAGGAAAGUAGUGUGUCCAUGGUGUGAUAUGUGUUUCCAGGCACUGUCAACACGUUAGGGAAUGAAAGGGGAGAGGAGCUGCGGCGCUGCAGGGUGGACACCAGUGGGCGUGUCCAUGUAAUGCGAAGCGCUUCUCUCUCUCUCUGGGCUGCAGGGGUCAAGUGUUAGGUGUCACGCGUGCCCUGCUAAUGGCGGCAAGCUUGUGCCACGCGUUGUUAUUGUUAUCGUUGGCUGUAGCCCGAGGCAACGAAGCUGCAAUGAACAGCUGUAGUCAAGAGGGGAGGGUUUCGGUGGCUUAAACCAGCAGCAGCAGUAGCAGCUGUUGUCUUAUUGAGAUGGGAGGCAAGGGAGGGGGGACCGCCUUGUUCAGAGUCAACCAGGCAUUAAACAAGACCCUUGUAAGCGUGCAAAAUCAAUGUCACCCGGGCCCAGCAGGGCAAAAACAGCGGCAAAUUAACUGGCUGCUGGCUUCCACUUUACAGACUGGGAUUUAGGAAGGAAGGGGGUGGAUAGAGAGUCUGCACCUCCUGGUUAUUUACACUAAAGCACAUUUUUCUUGUUGCUGCUACAUACAAGAGCUUGUGUAAAGGGGGCAUAUUGACUAAGCAGUGAAUUUUUGGAGAACUAAAAAACAAAAUGGCAAAACUUUUAGGGCAAAAAAAUUGGCAAUUGCUGAACCAGAGAAUUGUUUCUUUUAGUCUAAAUUUAGCAAAUUUGUUAUUUAGGUCACUAGGAAUUCACUGUUUAGUGAAUGAACUAAAUAUAUAUCCAGCUGAGUUGGAUAUGAAUUUCCAAGUCAGCUAUUUUUGCCUGAACUGUCCAGCGUUUUUUUUGGGGGGUGGGGGUGAGGACUAAGACACUCAGUCCAUCAUUUAUCUAAAGGGAUAGAUUUCAUUAAUUGUUUGUUUUUUUCCCAUAAUAAAUAGAAUAGAAAAAAACACUGUCCCAGCCUGAUAAGAAGCUAAAAAAUGCUGUAUAUUAUCUUGAAAUGUAUAAUUCAGUUUUACAUUUUUAGGCAGAAUUAUUUUUUUUCUAUUGAGUGUUAAAUAAAAGGGGGUAAAGAGUGACAUAACUAAAAUCACUUAAUGCAUCGUAAAUCCAUUUUUAUGGCAUUGUCACCCUAAACUGCAGGUCAGCACUUAGAUUUUGACAAUAUGAUUUCAUACUAAUUUUGUUCUGAAUGUAACUUAAUUGACUUUAUAAAUGGAAUCUGUUCCCUUUAUGUUAAACAUGCACAAAUGGAACGCGUUCUCAAUUGUCUAAGGCACUGAUUUAUUGUCAAAACUUUGUAAAAACGUUUUUCUGCUAAGUGUACCGCACAAUUAAUCUAGCUGUAAAUUCACAUUUCAGUGUACUAUGCUGGCUAUUUACAUUUCUGACCAUCACAACUGCUCCACAAUAGAAAAAAAUGAGGCAUAUCACAUGAACGCCUAAACUAAAUGUAAACGUACAGCAUGCAUGGGGUAUUUUUAACCCCUUAUAGACACACUUGCAGAAAUUAAAGGGAAUCAUGACGGAACAUUUCCGUCGUGUCCUUAAGGUUCAACACCUUUUCCUGUUUGUCAGCUUGCUUAACACAUGAACAGUGAAAUAAAAAUAAAUCAAAAUUCUACACAGUUAUACGGAGAAAUAAUGAAUGCCAAUUAACCCUUCAGGGACCAGUAAAGGAAUUAUUCCAUGAUAGCAAGGUGUUUUGUUUUUUGUUUUUUUCAGAUUCUGUACACGUAGGACAAUUCAUGAUGAUUUAGGAGUGUAUUUACUAAAAAUUGUACAUAAUUCAAAACCAAAUUGCAAACUUUAGGCUGAAGUAGACAAACUGUCUCCAUAGCCGAAUUGGAAAAUGUGUACAAAUGGCUAUUUUAGCACAAAUGUUGCAAUUUGUAUUUCUAUUCACCACGGUUUGCCUUAUUUGUUUAAACCUUGAAAUUACUGCAUGUACACAGAUCCCUUAAGGGGUUAAAGCAUAUCUGGAAGCCCAAAUGAGUGUUUAGGUAUUAACAAGUUAUGUCCUGUCUAAGUUGGGUUUGUCAUUGUGUACAUAAAACAUUUUAUGUUUGCAAUAUUUACCAAAGUUUUAAUUAUGUUUCCACAGCAAUUUGCAUGGAUGGCUGCAGUGAUCAAAAUGGAUAUUGCAAUAAACCAGGAGAAUGCACGUAAGUGAAAUCUCAAAUUGGGGUGUCAUUUAUCACCAUUACAUAGUGUGUAAAAGAUGUAUCAAUGAAACCUAGAAAUCCAAACUGAAUUGCAAAAUUCAGGUUAAAACACCCAACUUUUAUAAGUGAGAAGUCCUAGUGAAUUGAAAGUGAAUUUUAAAUUUAAGCAUAGCUGAUUUUUUCCCCCAGUUCUGCACUGUAGGCCUUCAAUUAAAAAUUCACUUUAAAUUCUUACGAUGUGUCUAUAGGGGAGUUAACAAUUUAUCCAAAUCAGCUAUGUUGACUUAAAUUUUACCAUUAACUCAAAAAAGCAAUUAUUGCACAAAACAAGGGGCACAAUUGCCUAGAACAGGGAUAGGCAACCUUCGACACUCCAGAUUUUGUGGACUACAUCCCCCGUAAUGCUAUUAUACCCAUAAUGCUGGCAAAGUAUCAUGGGAGGUGUAGUCCUCAACAUCUGCAGUGCUGAAGGUUGCCUAUGUCUGGCCUAGAAUAAGCAAAGCCCUCUAAAAUAGCUAAUGUCAUAUAAUGCGUUUUGUUCGUUUUUGGAAGUUCUAAUGCAGGCAAACAGAAGCACCGCCUCCCCAGAUAUUGCCGAACUGCAACUCCUAUGAUUCUCUCCCCACCUGUUGCAUUCAAAGAAUGCUGGGAGUUGCAGGUUCUAACACAUGGCGUUUUUAUAUAUAUUUCUGAGAUCAUUAUAAUUCUAUACUAAGAUGUGUCAUUUUACUUUUCUGGGAACUUAAGUUAUUUUUUCUUUUGCGUUAAUCACCAAAGUGUAAAUGAGAAACCAAAUCAGACCUCACUAUUAUCAUUUUAGGUGUCGUCCUGGUUGGCAAGGAGGUUUCUGCAACGAAUGCAUCCCCCAUAAUGGGUGUCGACAUGGGACAUGUAAAAUCCCAUGGCAGUGCAUAUGUGACGAAGGUUGGGGAGGACUUUUUUGUGACCAAGGUCAGUAUUCAGCUGCUGAGCUGCUGGCAGUUAACUUGUGUAUGUGUGAGGAGAUGUGUCUUUUAUGUUCUUGUAUAUAUGUUUUUAAUAAUGUUAGAAGGUGCAUUGUGAUUACAAAAUGUUUGAAGUUUUUUUACAAAAAAAUCCAACUUCGAACGUAUUCAAAAAUAACUAGUCACGUCUUCUGCACAUCAGUUUUUGCAUAUUUUGAUGGGGGCAAACGGUUAUACUGUGUCAACUUUAAUCAAGUAUAGAGGUUUUCGUUAUCAUUGAUAUUGAACGAUUUUCAAUAAACCAUUAGAUCAUCAGCAUGGCUUGUAUCUAGGUUUUAUUCCCAAUGUUUGCCCUUCCAACAGGUUAGCUGGAUCAGUGAUCCAAAGUAGGCAUUAAAUCAUUCUGUGACAUAAAGGAGACAGUCUGGCCUUAUUAACUCAGUCACACAACACAAUAGUCUGGUGGGCAAGUGGUAAAAAAAAAACUGUUGUAGAGCACAUAGUUUGUAAGCUACUGUUGUAGGCCACGUAGUUUGACAUCCAUGUUGUAAAGAAUGUUGCAAGUUGUGACUAUGCUAAAAAAGUUAAUAUUACCACAUUUCUUUUAUUUCUGAGAAUUUGAUAUAUAUUUUACCGUGAUGGCUUUAUUAAAUCUCUGCCUUUUCCUCUUAAAUUACUUAUGUAUUUGUCUUCUUACAGACCUGAACUACUGUACCCAUCAUAAACCUUGUAAAAACGGUGCCACGUGUAUGAAUACAGGGCAGGGCAGCUACACAUGCUCUUGUCGGGAUGGUUUUAGCGGUGUCAACUGCGAGGAGAAGAUCAACGAGUGUGAUAGCAAUCCUUGCAGGAACGGGGGCAGCUGUACGGUAAGAUAUUCCCAAAAUUUAAGUAGCAUUAGUUAGAAAGUGUUGCAAAGUCAAAUAAAAGAUUCCAUUCUUUUAUAAUUCAACAGUUUUGUCAAAUAGCUGAAAUGUCUAUGGAUCUGUAAAUUACAAUUCAUAAAGGCACUUUGUAUUUGAUAUAAAUUACCUGUAGAAAUUAGUAGGGGUAGAAGGAAAAAUUGGACCAUAUUUCCUAUUGGGCUCCUGAAAUUCUUACUUUGCGCCUUUGACCCAUCAAAGGUUUUCUAAUUUUAUUGAAACAAUAUAAAAGUUGGGCAACAGAAAAUAAAGGACCGGGUAUGAUUCGAGAUGUUCUUUAAAUCGUAGCUUGUCAAGCCGUAAUUUACACUUGAAACAUAUAUUUAGAUCAGUAGUGCUGUCCUGCUACAACUUCUCCACACCAGUACUAAGUUAUGUUUUUUUCCACUUCCUUGUUUUUCCUGUACUAUAUUGCAAACUUGUCUGAACCAGUGCCUGAUUCCUGUAAAAGUUUAUACUAUCAACAUUUCUGUGUGCAAGACUUGUAUACUCUAUUCUCAAUACAUGAACCGUCAACACCGGAUUAAAAACUGAGGGAUAUAUUCACUAAACACCAAAUUGUAGUGAAAUGAAAAAACGAUCUGCAAAAUUUAGACAGACCGACUAAGCACAGCUUUGGUUAUUUAACUAAAAUCUUGCAUCUAGGUUUUCGAUUGACUAUAAUUCCAUGGUUGGUCAAUAAACCCCGUCGUUUCUGUACAUUAAAGAUGCUGGGAUAUAUAAUUGCACUUGAUUUAAAUAUAAUUGAAAUUAUUUUAUUUAAAAAAAAAAUUUGUUCUACUGUGUGUUUUUAGGAUGUGGAAAGUGGCUAUAUCUGUGAAUGUCCUCAAGGUUAUUACGGAAUCCACUGCGAAAACAGUGUAUUAAACUGUGCUGAUUCUCCGUGCUUUAAUGGUGGCACAUGUCGAGAACGAGAACUAGGGGCUAGCUACUCCUGUAACUGCCCAUUGGGCUAUACUGGUUCCAACUGUGAAAAGAAAGUGGACAGAUGUACUAGGAAUUCCUGCCAGAAUGGUAAGUACCUAGCAAAAAUAAUGCUUUUUUACGGUCUCUUACUUUAUAAAGGUUUUUUUGUUUUGGAUUUUGUUUUGUUUAUUGUGAUCAUUCAGUGAUCCUAUUUAAAUAAUUUGGUUGUGGUAAUACGCAGGUACUUUCAGUUACAACAAAAACAAAGUUAACCUUUAUUUACACCUGUGUAUAUAGUAGUUAUUUUUUUAGGUUACAGUUUACUCAGUCUGUUUAAUGUUGGUCCACACCUCAUAAAAGGUUAUUCCAGGAUAUAUCCUCUAUGUUUUUUUCUCUCCCUCUUUUUUUAUUUUUUAUUUAUUUUUCUUCAAUAUUUAUAGAAAAUGUUUUGGUUUAAUAACCAACAUGCAUUUGCCAACACAGACAAGAAAACAAAAGAAACAAUUAGGGUUAUUAACUAAAGUUUAAACUGUACAAAUUCACUGUUAGCUAUGCUUUCAGUUCCGCUACUCUGGCCUUAAAUUAAAAAUUCUCUUUAAAUUUUCUCUGAAUUCUCACUUUAGUGAAUAACCCUGAAUGUGAUUAAAUCUUAGUUAGGCAUAGAAAACAUUUUAGAUCAUCAAGAUCUGUUAGAGGUUUCAUCUCUUUAUUCAAGAGAUAGGAGACAAGAAGAGGAGAAUUAAAGUUUGCCAAGUGGGAUAAGGGGAACACACCUAUACCCCAAUUCCACAUGGUGGAAUUUGGUACAUGAUGUCUGCCUUAAAUUAUUAUUACUUCUAUUUGUGAGGCAAAUCAUGGGUCCAGGACAUAUGAGAUUAGGAGUCUGAUAUAUAGAGUUGCUCAAUUUAUUGGAGAUGUAGGUUUAUUGUCACUGACAACAUUUUUUUUGUUUUUUGGUAGGGGGCCAAUGUUUUGACACUGGUUAUACUCAACAGUGCCAAUGCAGUCCUGGUUUUAAAGGCCCGACCUGUGCAAUUAAUAUAGAUGAUUGUGCCAGGAACCCAUGUUCUAACGGAGGGACCUGCUUUGAUUUGAUUGGUGAUUACCACUGUAGCUGUCCACCAGGAUACAGCGGGAAGUCUUGUGAAGUGAAAACCAGUGAGGAGAAAACCAGUGACGAGUGCACCUACAACCCUUGCCGAAAUGGUGGGACAUGCCGUGUAGGGCCCCAUGAAAAUAGACUUACAUGUAUUUGUCCUCCUGAAUACAUGGGAAACCUUUGUGAAUACAUGGAUCCCAAAUACACAAAAGAAGACUUUGACUUUCCUUGGGUGGCAGUGUUCAUGGGGGCUGGCUUGGUGGGGCUCCUAGUCUUAAUGUGUAUGGUCUUGAUGGUUGUCAGACAUUUCCGUCAACAACCCCUGCAGGAUACUAAAGCAAUGAACAAUCUAUCUGAUUUCCAAAAAGACAAUCUGAUCCCUGCAUCGCAACUAAAAAAUAUAAACAAGAAGAAAGAUCUAGAAGUGGACUGCAGUCUAGAAAAAUCAAACUACAAGCUGAAAAAUCACACAUUAGACUAUAACCUAGUGAAUGGACGCCUAAGUGGUAUCAGUAAUGGAAUUGGAAAAGGGGACAAGUUCCAUAUCAGUGAAAAGUCUUUAGAAGAAGAAGAGAAAUUCCCUCUCCGUUUACACAGGUUAGUUUACUAGAUUAUAAUAAACUUAUUUCUUUUGUAGCAAUUGCUACACAUAUGAAACAUUCAUUCAUUAAGUUUGUAGUGAAAAUCAAUCAAGAGCAAAGUUAUGUUAUUUUUUUCUCAGGAUCACUUCAAUGUCCUCUGUCCUUUCAGUAUACCAUUCCCCUGUCUGUCUAUUUCUAACACACUCCCAGAAUUUCACAUUGCAAUAUGCAAAUAAAUGCAAACAGUUUAUUACUUUAGAGUCUAGCGCACACGGAGUGUUUGAUUUGUAUUUUGCUGCAUGGCAUUUUGGGACAGUGAUAAUAGGAUACUGUGCAUAAAGUAAAAUUUUCUUUUGUAAUUUACAUAUUUAUUGAGAUUAACAUGGAGUGUAAGCAAUGUUAGCAACAUAGAAUAUAGUUAAAUUGUUAAUCUAUUUAUCAGUACGUCCGUAACUGCAAUUUGUACGUAAGAAGGGCUGCCAUCAAAAUUUUUAGGACCCUAUAAGCCCACUGGCUGAGACACAUACGAAACAUAGGUUAGCAGACAGAUAUAAUCCAACAAACGUUCCCAGAGAAAUAUGUACAGUCAUAGACACAAACACAGAUAUAUAUUCCAGACAAUCACAUAGGACACACACACACGUACACUCACAGACACAAACACGCUUACAAACAGGUACAGAUUCACAGAGUCAGACAAAUACUGUCAAUAUAUACCGCUAGGCAUACAGAAAAUACUGAGCACACACUUUGCUCAACAUACACACACAAUCACACUAAUAAAUAUUAACAAACUGCUACACUGCUACACUCACACACACACACCCUUCUACACAUAUCUUCAUUGCUGAAUACACGUUUUUACAGAUACACACACACACAUUACAGAUGUACACAUAAAAUAAGACAAUUGCAAACAAUAGAUCGCUAGGCACAGGGCUGCAUACUCCUGGUUCCACUCGAAACCUCCAGAGCGGCUUCCACAAGCACGGAGAGGAAGUCAUCUGACAUCACUUCCUCCCAGUGGUAACGCGAAGAAAGAGGAGUGGGUGGACAAUGAGUCCAUUAGGGGGCCUGGUCUGCUGGAGUACUGCAAUGUGGUCCCCUCCAUGUGGGUCCCAUUGCUCGAGCAGGUCUCUUACAAGAGUACAGGCUGUUACCCCCUGAUGGCGGCACCGUACACAGGAAGAUAUUUUAAUCACUUUACGCAGUAUAAUGAGCAUUAAAGUACAAACCAUUAAUUUGCAGCUUAUAAUUAUUACAUUAUUUAGAGGAUUUAUCAAAAAUAUUUGCAUAUUAUGCCUAGACUGCCCAGUUAAAUGUUAGGGAAGAGCUCUAUUUAUCCUAUUUAUUUUUGCUCUCCUAUUCAUUCCUUAGCUAAAACCUUUUUUUUUUUUGUAAAGCACAUUCAAAAAUUCAUUGGGGUCAACACAUCAACACUACCCAAACAAUGCAAGGUUAACCAUUGACAAACAGCUGCUGCACAACCCUCCUCGUUAACCACUGAAAUGCUGAGCAUUGUCCGCCAUGUAGAUUGUUUUUAAUUUCCAAUUGUUUAAGUGUUCGUUUUUUUUUUAUCUCUCGGCAGUGAGAAGCCAGAGUGUAGAAUAUCAACGAUAUGUUCACCAAGGGAUUCAAUGUACCAGUCAAUUUAUGUGAUAGCAGAGGAACAGAACGAAUGUGUGAUAGCCACAGAGGUAAGAACAUCACGGUUGAAAACAACCUAGGGGUGUAAUGUUUCCAGUGAAGCUGAUACUUCUCCUUAUGGCAGAGAUAAUGCUCUUAGAUUGUAGUAUAACAGCACUUAGGUAUAAGGGUGACAUCUUAUACCUGCACACACAACGUUCCAUUGACUAAAGAGUGAAUUAGCUGCCUGUUUCAGAACUGGUGAGUUUAUUAUCUAUUUGGGUCGCCUCUCUUGAAAAUGAUCUGUGCGCCGAGUUAAAAAUCUCCUCUCCGUGUGAUCUGGAAAGAGAUGAUUUUAACUGGAGAUUAAGAUAAACAAUCCAUUAUUAUCAUGACAAUAGGGAAAUUUACAAUUUACUGUUUUCAAUAAAACUAAAAGAAUCAUUUGUGAUUCCACAACACCCAUGUUUUGUUGUUGUAAAGACAGGGCUGUCUAAUGAUGCUGUACAUUGAGUCCCACUGAUAUUUGUAAACACAUUUUAAUUUUAUUUUAAUUACUGAAAAUUGGUUCUGCACUGUACAUACUUAGGAGUGGCUACAAUGAUAAGUAUACCGCAACAUAUUACCAGAAUUAACUUUUGUUCCUUCCCACCAUUCUGCAUGCAGUAAAUAUAGACUUAAAAGUAAAGGGCAUUUCACCAUGUACGGUUCAGGACCUGGAAAUUGUGACUUUCCCAGUGAAUUUGGGAUGGUUAGGAGGCAUGCACUUAUGGCACAAGUGCUAAUGGUCUUUUAGAGCCUCCUAAGGUGACACUAUGUCUACGUACAUGAUGCCUAUCCUAACCUAACCUGAUCAUGGAGGUGUAAAUGUGAAUUCACAAUAUUCCUUUGGCUAGUUUAACAUAAAUAUAAAGCUAGAACAUGCAAACCAACCCAAAAGUCCCUGGAGACGGUGUAAAUGUUUAGUGCUACAAUUCUUAAAUUGAGUGGUAGCCAUGCAUAUAUGCGUUGCAGGCCAGGUAAUAUGUAACAACCAUCUGGAGAUGACAUCAGGUGACAUCUAGCAUUAUAGAACUUCACUAGAAGAAGUGGAAUUUUAUGGGAGGGUAAAAGAGAGAGAAUAAGUUGGGUAUCCACUGUUGAUGUGGAUACGGGAGCUUAUACUGCCAUGUUGGAUGAAGACACUAGACUGACAUUUAGAAUAGACAUUGAAAGUAAACUAAGCUGUUGAAUGAGACAACAAAAUGACAUGGAGAAGGUAGAUAUGGUGUGAUAUAGAUUAUGGGAAACCAGACUGAUUUAAAAGAAGUAGUCAAAAAAAAAAAAGAAUUAUAUUGAAUGCAUAAGAAGUGGACUAGUAUAAAGAUUUGAAUUGCAAUAAACUAGAUACUAAAUGUAAUUCUGCAAAGCACCUUCAUCAGGCUUUUCAAAGUAUAAAAGAGAUCUCUGUUGCUUUGGGUGAGGCAAUGCAGUACAAUAAACAGUUUAUGGUAGUUAUUUGACAUGGACAUGUUGUACCUUUUCCUGCCACUAGGGACCCAGUUAAAAAGCAUGAGGAGCCAAGACUGGGUGUUGAAUCAGGGGUUUAAAAAAUACUGUACUAUUGUAUGCCCGUAUGCCGUCUAUUCAAUUAACAAGGGGUUAGUAUCUUUGUGUUUAUGUAUUACAUGUCACCAACCUUGAAAAUAUACAAUAGAGGUGCAAAUAUAUGUAAGAAAAUAAUAAAAAUAGGAGCAGCUACACGCAUCCACUAGCGACUAUGAAUGAGUGUAAGCUCAAAGGUUAAACAAAACAUGAGCGCUCUUUACUCAUGAAACAUAUUGAAAAUAUAAAUAAAUCAAUAAAACAGUAUUUUAUUCCAAAAAAAAUUAUAUAUAUAUAAAAAAAAAAUAAUAAUAAAUAUAAAAAAACAGAUCACAGAUGACCUAAACCUGCUGAGAUGAGAAUAAAAAACAAUGUAUCUCUUAGAAAGAGAAAAUAUAAAUCUACAGAAAUGCAGAAUGCACAACUGAGUCAGAAGGGUUAACUCAGACACUAGGUAAAAAAUAACAACAAAGUGUCAGAGUAUUAUCCCCACCAAACUCAGAAACAAAUAUAACAACUGUAACAAAUAAUACAAAACUAGGUAUAUACUGUAAAAUACCUUUCCUCGGUGUGGGCCCCCCACCGAGGUACAUACACAGAGCGUGUAGAAAAAGACAAAUGAAUAAAAAUAAUGAAUGAUGCGAGCUGGAGGCGGUAAUGGUAUACUUCAGGAGAUGUUAAAGUCCAGCAAAAGGCACACAGGAUUCCUCAAAAUGCUAUAAAGUAUAUCGCGGUCGGGAUCUUCAAAAAAGACCGCGAUAUAUACAGAACUCACUCACUGCCGACGCUCGCAAUAACUUCAAUGCCAGGUAAGUUCAUCCGAUGGGGAAAAAAGACCGCCAAAGUACAGAACCGCUUCCUGCUCUCACUCCUCAAUCACAGCAGGUGUAGGUUCAUCCGAUUCACCAACCUUAAAAUCAACCCAUACUCAAAUGUUAACUUUUGUAAUAGUGCUCAUGUUUGUGUAAACAUUGUGUAUCACCAACAGUAUGGUUUACAUCGGUUUACCUUUCUAACACAAGCUAUUAUCUUUUCCUCACAGGUGUAAGACUUGAGUUGAACACAAAGAAGCGCAACUUACAAGUUUUUGAUCCUCAAAAGGACAGCUAAGGAAAGAACGCGGUAUGGCUGCGUUGUUUACAAUUCAGGACUUUACUGGACUGGAGGUGAUAUAUAUAAAAAUAUGUCAUCCUCACAUGCAACUUGCUGCUUUCAGAAGAUCGAAUAAUCUGAGCUGAAAGGGGACAAAGAAUGUGAACUUACAAAAUAAAAUACAAUAGGACUUUACUCUUUUAAGCUCCUUGAUCAACUUGAUCAACUGAAUGUAACAAAACUGGAAGAAAAGUAAAAAGAAAAACAAAGCAAAAAGAAAACCGUUAAAGACUUUCUAAUUAUGUUUUUAAGCUACUUCUUGAAGUGUCCUUUAUAUGAAGCUUCACUCCACGUCAUUGUGUACACAUGUAUCUGUGUGGGGCUGACAGCGACGGAUGUUGGCAGACUUUGCCGUUCAACAUACAGUAUGUUGGUUUCAGGAAGGUGGACGAUAUAUGUUUGCUAUGCAGAACUGUUUUGCUAUCACGGUCUUAGUGUUGUCCUCCUGAAUUUAGAAGUGCCUAUAGCAUGUCCAGUAGUCUACAUCAUGCUGACCGAAGUUCAAUGCUCUCCCAUGUAAUACCUGAACAGUAUUAAGCAAAAAUUAUUUGUUUUAUCUUUUUUUUUUUUUUUACCAUACACGUUCUGCUUCAAAGGAAAGGUUUUGGGAUAAACUGGUUGUAAAGUGACAAGUGGACAUAGCUGUAUCUUUAAGACUGAUAGUACAUAAAAAAUAGUUGUGUGAUGCCCAAGUCUUUGGCAAGAAAUCUAUAGUCAAAGCCUUAUAUUGCGUUACAAGUCAAUCAUUCCAGCCACUUUAAAAAAAAAAAAAAAUUCCUUUUGCACUACUGAAAAUUGUGGUUAGAAGUGUGUUUUUUCUUCAAAAAAAAGAAACCAUGUUAAUCUGGUAAUUUUUUUGUAAUCAUAGCCUUACUCUUGCAAAAAAGCCUCAAAACAGCCGUUAUUAACUUAUAAUAUAGGAAUAUUACAAAUUAGCUCCCAUCAGUUUCUCCUUAUAUAUCAAGACUAUCAAGGGGUAAACCUCAACUUGAGUCCCGUUGAAUUCUGAAUAAAUCUCCCUUUGACUUGUUUCCAUCUUUAUUGCAGUAUCAAACUUUAAAAAUUUUUUUUUUUUUUUUAAAGCGAUCCGUUAAACAACUUGCCCAUUGAGCAUGCUCAUUUAUAAUUGACCUUAAAGGAGAACGGUCACUUUCCAGGAUUUUCAAUAGGUUUACUGAUAACCCCACCACCAUUUUCCUAUGUAAAUUCUAAGUUAUAGAAUGAUCACUGACCUCCUGCAGCUUCCUGUUCCUCCUAUGAUGUCAGCAUCCAAGCGGACAUAACCCGCAAUUUGCUAUUCAUAGAGGGGCAAUGGAUUGCAGCUAGGCAUGCACAGCCAUAGGCAACCCUCCUAUCAACUACCAGUAGCGUUUGAUUCCAGGACGGAGAUUCACUUUAUUCUGGAGGAGGAAGCACCUCUAGUGGCUGUAAGAAACAUAGCAACUAGACGAGGAGUCACUCCUUAAUAUAAAAUUGCAAUUUCCAAUAAACUGCAAUGUUUAACAUUACAGGGUUAAAAUGGCAUUGAGGUGAAAUGGUGUGGGUGACUUUAGUGGCCCUUUAAUAAAGAAAUGUUAAACAAAAUAGAGCAUCUCAUGAGAAAAUGUUAAUCCAAAUUCUGGGUUAUUUUUUUUAGUUUUUUAAAUUCUUUAUUUUUGUUGUGCAAAAUGAAUUACAAACAGGCCUGCAGUGCCACGACAGCAUUCACAGCAUUGAGUGUUGUGGCAUAAGAAAGAACUGCACAAUUUUUUAAGUAAGGAAACAAGAUAAUCUAAGUCAUGCCAAAAGAUGAGCAGGUAUUAGGGUUAUACAGGGUUAUAUAACUUGGCGCGUUUAGAGGUCAACAUGGGGUAGUUAUAGGAUAAGAGUAGCAUGCCUCGGCUUUAGAGCGAUCACCUGAUAUAUUAAUGUGUGAGCAGGAGAUUGUGGGUAAAUGGUGAUGCGUUCAGGCUAUUUGCGCAUUGCUUAAAUUAUGGGUUAUUUUUAAUCAUUUUUUCAACGGUUUAAAUUCCAGAGAAGUGACAGUUCCCUUUUAAUUUUAAUUUAUUUUGUGGUUUCUGGACAAAUUAACGUGAAUUGUUCUCUAUGCUACCAAAUAAUGCAUCUUUCUUAUCAUGACAUCACCUUGCAAUAAUGUUUGCAAUCUAUUAAUGCUGUACAGGGCUUGCAGCACUAAACUGAAUGACCACCAGCUUUAGCAGCCUAUUACGGGACCUGGAAUCAAUGGAGGAAAAGGAAAAAUAUUAUUCACUACUGAACUUUGACCUUACAUUUUGUGUAGGGUUACCUCCCUCCCCUCUAUGCUGCAGGAAUUGCCUGCAGGCAUCGUCUUCAUUGGAGAUUUGAGACUGAUAUUCAAUAAUAGAUGUUUUUGGCUUUUUGUCUUUUUCUUUUCUUUUUUUUUUUUGAAACCUAGCAUUUCAAUAAUUUAAUGAAAACAAAAUCAAAAGCACUGACGUUUUUACAUUUUUAUAGCAUUGUUUUGUAUAUAAUGUAUAUUUAUAAUCAAAACAAAUGUAAAUAGGUUUUAUUUCUUCUUAUGUCAUGUUUUUAAUGUGCUAG